AUCUCCUGGAGAGAUCUUGAGCGCCAGCAUGAUUUUCUGCAUAGUGCCUGCCACAGGCCUUUUCGUCAUUGGUUUACAUGCCGAGUGUCGAACUCUGACACACAGUAUACUGGUGCUGUCUUCACUUUUGGAAAGAGUCGCUUUGCAGAUAACACCGCAAACAAAUUUUGGAUUCGGAAUGACACUGUUACACAAGUGUCUUGUGGGGAUGACCACACUGCAUUUGUUACAAAUAGCGGUCGCAUUUUCACAUUUGGAGCCAAUGAAUGGGGUCAGCUAGGAUUGGGUCAUACUAAAUCCACCAACAAACCAGGAAGUGUCAAAGUUCUGAAGCACGAAGGUGUGGUGAUGGUUGGAUGUGGUCGUUUACACACCAUAGCAUACACCCGAAAUGACAAGUUGUAUGGCUUUGGGGGAGGAGGGGAAGGGCAGUUGGGUGUGACAAGUUCUAAUGGAUUUGAUGCACCUGAGGAGAUUAAGGAACUCAGCAAUUUCAAAGUUAAAAUGAUAUCAUGUGGCACCGAACAUUCUGCUGUACUAACCACUGAUGGCAGCCUGUAUAUGUUUGGCAGUGGUUCUGAAGGGCAGCUUGGCCUAGGUGAUACUACUGAGACAGACAUUCCAAGACCAUUAACAUUUGGAAUUCCUGUCAAGCAAGUGUCAUGUGGAUACUACCACACAGCUAUAGUUACAGAUGAAGGCAAGUUAUAUACGUUUGGAGAGAAUGAGUUUGGAAAGCUUGGACUGAAUGAUGAUAGUGAUAACAGCAAUACACCGCAGAACGUCAGUCUAAUCAAAGAGAGAGUCAGUCGAGUGUCAUGUGGGAAUAGUCACACUGCUGCAGUUACAGAUAAUGGUGAUGUAUAUACAUGGGGAGAUGGCAGCUCUGGUCAACUAGGUCAUGGUCCAUCCAUUUUGGGACUUAAAAUACCUCAGAAGAUUAUGAAGCUGUCUAGAAGGAACUGUAGGGAUGUUGAAUGUGGAGAGAGUCACACUGCAGUCAUCACAGAUAGUGGUUCUCUAUACAUGUGUGGGGAUGGCAGACAUGGCAAGCUGUGUCAAGGAGAUGAAAGCUUUAGCAAUCUCUUCCAUCCAGCUAAAGUCAAAAGGUUCAAGGGUUUUUAUGUUGAGCAGGUUUCGUGUGGAGGGUGCCAGACUAUAGUACGAGCAAGACGGAAGGACAAAGCCAAUGGCGAGGUAUCCUCCGACUCUGAUGGUGAAACAGAUCCUCUUAAGAUGUCAAGCCAAAUGAAGAAGGGUACAUUAGCAGCACUAAGCAAUGAGCAAGGUGUAGACUCAGUGGAUCUAGGAGCGUCAUUUGAUGGUUCAGCAAGGGGUAGAAGGCGACAAAGAGAGACAUCACCACUACCACCACUAGCACGGACACUUCCUCCUCUGGGUUUAUCUAAAGCAGGGGUAUUGCCAUCUCUCAAUUCAACAAUACCUGAUGGUUCCAGUCGCAAACUAGAUCAGAGACUAAUACCUAACAUUAAAAAGGAACUGAAUGAGGUACAGGUAAAUGAAGAAAUGAUCACAAAGGAAGAAGUAAAGACUGCAGAAGCUGCUCCUAGACUAAACUUAUUGAAGAACCUGGAUGCUGACCCAUUAGAAUCUACACAUUUCUCAGCAAGUAAAUCUGUGCGAGAGCUCAAACCACUUCUUGAUGCAGUGAAUAGCAAUGCUGAAACAGUGAAUUCUGGUUCAAGACCAGAGACGGAAGGCAUGGAUGAGGUUGACUCUGGAGUGCCACCAGGCAAAAUGAAGGACAAUAUCAAACCCGUGUCAAAGAAAGCCUCUGAAAUUAAUGCUGCAAAAACUGUUCCAAAUAAGGAAACCGUAGAUAGCCAAUUAGCAUCAACCUGCAAGUCUAACAAGCCCAAAAAACAUGAUUCUGGAACUGAUUCAAAUGAUGAUGAAAAUGAAGAUGGCGAUGGUGACGAUGACAAUGAGGACAUCAGUGAUGAUGAUGAUGAUGAUGACGACGAGGAUGAAAACUCAGUUGAUGUUAAGGCUGUUAGAAGACCAAAUCCAUUUGCUAAAUUGUUGCAGACCACCAGACCUACACCAGCACCAAGGUCCAGAACUCAAGCCAAGAAGGUUCUAGAAGAAGAUGAGGAUGAAGAUGAAGAUAAUGAUGAUGAGGAUGAAGAUGAUGAUGUUGAUGAAGAAGAUGAGAUUGGGGAUGGAGAGGAUGAGGAUGAUAGUGAACCCGAGGAGCAACCAGCCAAAAGCUCACAGAGUAAAGACAAGGCAAAGACUCAGCGUAGCAGCAGGACGUCUAACGAGGAUGGUGACAAGGAAGAUGCAACCAGGACCUCCGAAAUGACCAAGAAGUCAACAGCUAGCAGUAAAAAGCAAAUCACGCAACAUGAAGAGGAAGAUGAAGAAGAUGAGGAGGAGGAUGACAAUGAAAAUGAUGAUGGACAAGGAGAUGAUAGAAAAACCAAAAUACACUCAAGUAACGGAUUUGAGAACAAAGAAAUUGAAAAAAGCCCAGAAGCCAAGAAGAAGGGAAAGAGGAAAACAGAAGCAGAAGAAGAUGAGGAGAAUGAUAAGGAGAAGACAGAAGAUGGAGAAAAGGAUGAUGGUGAAGAAGGAACAGGAAGAGGCCAGCAGUCAGAUGAACCCAAGGCCUGGCAAUUCUGGAAGAAGAAAACACCCACUUCCAAGGUGGACAAGUCCUCCAGUAGUGUUUCCAGUGAAGACAAACCAGCAAACCAGAACAAAUCAAAGACUUGUUCCAUUUUAUAGCAGGCAAAUUUCAAACGACCGUUUGGUGGCUACUCUAAGUUGAUUGGCAACCU